AUGCUUCAUCCAUUCACAGCCUCCGUCCCGACCGAGCUCUACCCCCCUCCACCAAACAAGAGGGCCGACACACUGGCGAUCAAACAGGCGAUCGCCGAUGCUCUGUCCGAGGACGACGGACGGGCCUAUUGGGCUUCCCUAGUCAAAUUCCUCACCGGAAAACUCGAUCGUACCGAAUUCGAAGCCCAGACAGCUCGGCUACUACAAUCGGAAAGCUUGGUCGGCUUGCACAACGCAUUGAUCCUAUCGAUCCUCUACAACACCACCCGGCCUGAUCCGGCGACCACCAAUCCACUCAAGGAUCCAGAAACGCCGCCCACGACAGGUGAAGGGUGGCACAAACGCAAGCGCCCGCCAGCGCCACCGGUGGCUCCUCCGAAGAUAAAGACAAAGAGCGUCGAGAAGGACCCGAAGAAACGCAAGCUCAAGGAGGCCGUCAUGGCUCUCGGCCACCGCGAAAGGAACAGGCUCAAACAAAUCGCAUCGUUGAAGGAGGAAGAACUCGUCAAGCUUAACGCUCAGCAACCUCUUCCUCGCCCGCUCUCUGCGUGUCAGUAUCUCUAUCCCGAACGCACUGAGAACGUAAUGAGCACUCCCCUCGCAUCCAAGAUGAAGAUAUCAUCCUCCACCCUGUACCAAGAUUAUAUGCGAUGUCAGCAAGCACCAGUUUGCUCAGAGUCGAAGCAGCUUCCAGACUUCGACACGCUCAAGGACCGGAUGUCGUUGAUCGCGUAUGAUUCCGGACUAAUGAAUGGGGUAGACAAGGCGGCGAGCUCGCUAGCGCUGAUAGCGCUAGAGGUGCAUCUGAAGACGCUUCUGGGAGAUCUGCUCUCGCUGAUCCGCUCGGACCGCGCGGUAGCCACUCCGGCGGAAUGUGCGUUGUCUGUCGAUCAGACACAGCCCGGAGAGCCGCACAGCCAAAGCCAUGCCGAGCCACCCAUCGCCUCCACCUCCGCCAGGCCAUACUCUUCGCCUUCCGAUACUCUCUUCCGACCCGAUCCAGCCUCAAGCCCCUCGAAACCUGUGACAGUCACCACCAAUCAGGCCUUCCAGACCAGCUCUAACCUCCGUCUCCGCGACUUGAAAACCCAGGGCCUGGCUCCACAUCUCACCUCCCGAGACGUCGCCGCUCUCGCUGAAAUAUCUCCCCACGCUUUCGUCAGAACUCAUCCCGCUGCCCUCGAACGGCUGAUUGCUGUGUGCAGUAGUGGCAGUGACAGCAGUCAGACCAAUUCUACUACUAAUGGCAUCAGUAAUCCUGAAGCCCAUUCGGAUAGAAUCAUUCAGAAUAACAAUCACAGCAAUCCAAAUGGAAACCUUGCUGAAAAUUAUCUCUUGAUCGAACAAAAGAUUUGA